AUGGCCAGCAAAAAAACUAAAAGUGACCCAUGGGUACGAGUUUUUGAUGUUUCUGAGCCUCAUACGCAUGAAAAAGGAUUCACAAUAUACAAAGUAACAUACAGAGUGUUCCCAUUAGAGAAUCCAGAAAAUGUAACUGAGGUUAUUCUAUGGCGACGUUACAAUGACUUCAAGAAACUCUAUAGAACUCUGUUUACGCUGCACAAGAAGUUGCAACGAAGAGAGGAAUUUCCUGCUUUUGCACCUGCUAAAAUGUUUGGUCGUUUUGAGGGUCAUGUGAUAGAAGACCGGGUCAGAGCCAUGAUAGAUCUGCUAUACUUUGCUGGCAGACAACCACAUCUGUUCAACUCUCAAGCCUUCAAAAAAUUCUUUGAGGGAGGUGAGAAAAGAAAGAGAAAGGAGACAGACACAUUGAAAGAUGGCAUUCUGCAACCACAGUAUAUUCAGCCUGAGAGGGAAUCAACCUCCACUGCUGAUGACUCAGAUUCUGAAAUAUCUUCAGUAAUCUCUGAACCAAUCGGUGGAGACCAUAUAAGUCGUGCCAAAGCUGCAGGUCAGCGAAAGAGUUCAGGCCCUCUGUCCGGCGAAGCGUGUCUGAUACCCAAGGUACAAGUCUCUGAUACUACCAACCAACCAGAUGGUUCUCAUGAUUCACUCCUACCCAGAAACAUGUCUGACACAAACCUAGGGGGUGUCUGGAAGUACCGACAAGCUGGCGACAACAUCAGUAUCAAUUCAGCUGAGGGAGACCUCCCUGUGGAAGACUCAAACUCUAUGCUCCCACAGUCAGAUCUAUUGAACUUUGACCCAAUGACUGGUGGGUGCGACCUUGAAGGGUCAGGGGUCAGCAACACUUGGUUACUGUCAGCAAUGAACCAAUUAGAUAAUCCAAAUUCGACAGGUGUGCAAGGAGCUAGCAAAGGAGAACCCCCACCCCCAGAGAUCACUAUACAAUGUAGCACCCCUAGGGACAGACCUCAAACUAUCACCUUCAAAAAACCCUCAACAACACCAGAGAAUAACUCACCAAAUGUUGACCUUAAGCAAGCCUUUGAGGAUGCAUUUGGACCUAUCAAAUCCAGAAGUGAGCCAAAAGUUGAAUGUGGAAAAGGGGAUCUACCAUUUGGAUUUGUUAAAGGGAAGAAUUCAUCACCCAAUUUAUCACCUAUGAAACUGUCCCCAAGGUCAUCACCAAGGCAGGCCAGAAAGACAGAGUCUGAUGAUUAUUUAUUACAGGCAGCCAAUCAGAUUAGUGCAGCAAAGGACUGCGAGGCUGCUGGGAACUAUCAGGUUGCCUUUGGAUAUUAUAAGAAUGGUGUGUCAAUCCUGUUGAAGGGUGUGCAAGGAGACUCAAAUGAGGCCCGACUAGAUGCUGUGAGGAAAAAGACUGCUCAGUAUCUUCUCAAGGCAGAGUCACUUUAUAAAACACAUAUAGCCAAACAGGAGGAGGACGAGAAAAGAUGGGCUUCAAACAGUUCCAUAUCGCCCUCUGUUGAGAUUGACCCAGCUGUUGCCCAUAUACAAGGUCCUGUAUCUGAACUGAGGAACUACAGGGUGUUAGGCCUCAUUGACAAGUGUAUGUUGACAUUGGAUAGGUCUACACAGGCUACUUUUGUACUAAAGGUGCUGCACAAAACUGCACCAAGUACUGAAACAAAGACGAUCGUACCUCGUUCUUGCCCUUAUAUGGUAGAAAUUUAUAAAUUCUAUGAAACAGAGAGUUCCAUCUAUCUGCUACUUCAUCAUGCAAGUGGCGGAAAAUUGUGGAGUUAUGUCAGUGCCUAUCUAGGCACCAGAGACAAAGAGGACGCUCUUGAAACUGCUCAAAUAGAUUCUAAUGUCUAUCAGGGACAAAAGAUGGAGACGAUAGAGGAACCACCUUUAGAUGUCUCUGCAAAAACUAGUUCCCCAUUUCACUCACCAGAGGGCUCACCCAGUCACCCAAUGAGUGACACAAGUGAAGGUGGGGAUGCUUGUACAAGUUAUGUUGAUUUAUUCACUGAUUAUUCCCAAACGAAUAUAGAACCUAAUGCUGUAGCUUUCUCUAAGGGACUUGCUGUUAAGUUUGACACUCAAAUCAGUCAUGAUGAUGACACUUUCCUGAGUCCGGAAGAAAUGAGUGAAUUAAAUGACACGAGUGGAUUCCCUACAACCCCUACUAAAUAUGACAGUGAUAGUGCCUUUAAUAAUACAAGCACCCCUCAUAAAUUCUCUGAUAUUUUAAAUGGAGCUGUAACAAAACAAACUGCAAAUUUUAGUAUUGCUAGUAUAGACAGUGGGUCUGAUAGACUGUGUAGUGAGAGUUCUGAACAGUAUGCGACUAUCCCAGAGACAGAUGAAACAAAUACAAUUGAGUCACACAUACAAACAAUUGAGGAUAAUGAUUCAAAUGUAAAUGUGAACAAUAUGAUAUUGAAUGAUGGUUUGGAAUCUAUUGAACCACCUCAUAAUCUCAAUAUUGUAGAAUCUAAAACAAAUGAAACAUCAAACACUGAAACACCAAGUGAUGUAAAUUGUGAAGUAGUGAGUUCUACCAACACAUCCAAUGCCAACAAUUCCAAUGUGGAACACAAUGCAAAUAGUCCUAAUAUUGUCCCAACAGACCUUGAAUCACCAUAUCAUGAAGACACUCUCACAUCGAGUGCUAACCAAAUACCAAAUGUUAGCCCAAUACACAAACCUAGCACCAUAGAAAGUGUUACACUAAGUGGUCAGAACGAAUUAAAAAGUGCAGUAGACAAUACAAAUACUAAGCCACCAGAGGAAUGUAGUUUGCAACUUGAUCUGUCAUUUACAAAAACUGAGCAGCUUGAAGUCAUAGAUAAGAACACUGAUAUACCAGAAUCAGAUAGAUCUACACCUGAAAGGAAAUUCAUUGAUAGACAAAUAUCUAAUGAUGAACUGAAAGUUAAAAUCACUGAUGUUGGCGAGCUUAAGAACCUCAGUCAUAUCCGUACAACAUCUGUUGAGCUAGGUCUUGAACAACCAUCUCCAAGGACACGUGCAAGGACUCUCUCAGCAGCUUUUGGGCAGUUAGACCUUGCAGGGUCUGAUGGGAAUCGUGUUAAGUUGCCAGAGGCGUGUGUUCGUCAGUGGGCAGCUGAAAUAAUUGUAGCAGUAGAUCAUCUACAUUCCAGAGGCAUUAUUUGCAUGGACUUGCACCCAGAUAACAUCCUAUUGGGCGAGAGAGGACAUGUGAUGUUAACAUAUUUUUGUGAGUGGAGAAAUGUUGAUAGGCAUAUACCACAGUGGACUAUAGAUCAACUGUAUGUAGCACCAGAGGUCAUGACCUUGGGUGCACAUACACAUGGUGCUGACUGGUGGAGUGUUGGGGCACUAUUGUAUGAACUCCUAACUGGACAGAGUUUGUUAGCAUGCCACCCUGGGGGUAUAGGACCACACACUGCAGUGUUUAUACCUGACUAUAUAUCAACUGAGGCACAAGGGUUGCUAACAGAGUUGCUGAGGUACAGUGUCAGUGAAAGACUUGGCUCAGGUAUAAAUGGAGUUGAUGAUAUCAAAAUGCACCCUUUCUUUGCUGACAUUCAAUGGGAAACUCUCCGAGAAUGAUUCACAUCGGAAACUUUGAGAAGAAGUCGCACCCAAACGGAAACUCAGAAAACAACUUACAUCUAAUAGAAAUCAGAGAACAAAUUGCACCCAAUGGACAACUCUCAGAGGAUGACUUGCACCCAUAUAGGAAACUGAGUAUGACACAUCAAAUAGGAGCUUUUUGAGAAUGACACAUCAAAUAGGAAACUCCUUGA